GACCAAGCCUCGGCAAAAUAUUCACCGAAUAUGUACAUUUAAAAUCUGGGAUAACAUUAGUUAUGGGGAUUUUAAAUUACAUAGUUGGAGUAUUUUCUUCGGUUCGUUCUGGGUGACGUGCACCGACUCGGUGGCCGUCCGUCCGAGCGGCGGGUCGACGCGGUCACUCGGCGUUCUCAGCUCCGCUGAACGUUGGAGUCUCGGAGGCUAAAAAUAGCGUUUAAUUUUGCUUCUUUUUUUUUUUUUUUUUUUGACGCAGCCUGCCUACUAACUCCGUGAGGCGAUACUGUGUUUCAGCACAAAACAAACAGGAACACUGGACAAGUUAAGUAUUGGACGGACUUCCAAACGCAGUUAGCACCUUAAGCUAAUUAAUUCAACGAGUUAAGAUUAAAAAAAGAAAAUCUCCGAAACUGGUUCUAACAUGUCGGACGUAGUUUCAAAACCACACUGUUCUAGUGUCAGUCUAUUAGUAGUAUCACCUGUAUUUAACCCUCAGGGGCUUUUUAUGGGGUAAUAAUCCAAGUUAAGAAGAAGUCUGUUUUUACCUUUAAGCCCCUUUCACACAGCCGAGAAAAGUUGGCACUUCCUACCUUUUUCCGUAUGGUCAUUGACAUGGAAGUCGACCUGACCAUUUUACAACUUCGGAAGCAGUAUCAGGAGACUCUUUCACAAGGAGAUUCCCAAAAAUUAGCAGAAUCGGAGUAAUAAAAGAAUAUCCAGCCUGUCUCCGCUUGUGCCUUUCUCACAGAACUCAGCAAAGAGACAUUUGAAGGAACUGAAGCCCCAUGCGCACCACCGGUAAUAGCUGGAUUGUUUUCCUUUCUGUUUCAUUGUCACAUGGAAGUCGACACAGCAACAUUCCAACUCCAGCGGCGUGGACGCCUGCCAUAGCGGCUCAAGUGUUCACUGAGAGGGGAAGCAUGCUUGGAUCACAAACGGCCCGCGACUGCUGAGGAGGACCUCCGUGCAGGUUCAGGCUGGCUGCAGAGGAGGAGGAGCUUCCUGAUCCAUGGAGAAUUAUUUUCAAGCAGAGGCCUUCAACCUGGACAAGGUGUUAGACGAGUUUGAGCAGAACGAAGAUGAGACCGACUCUCCUCUUCUCACGGACGCCAAGUGGACUCAGAUUCUGGCCCCACCUGCCCACCUGCUCUCGCUAAACCCCGCCCUGGCCCACGCUGACUUCAGCCCCCUGGAGAGUCCGCAGCCGCUCAAGACCUUCCCGGAUCGCAAAAGACCAACGGGCGGCGAGCCGGCCGAUGUCCACAGCCCGCCCCUGCCUCAGCCCAACAUCGGCAAAUUGGUGGGGACGGACAGCCGGUCGCCGCCGCCCGUCACGGCCUGCGAGGAGCAGCGAGGGGACGCCUCCGCCGCGUCCCGCUUCACCUUCGAGGUGGGACUAGAGCAAGAAGGGGCUCCCGCCGAGAAAGUUCAUCCGCACGUGGAGCCCACGACAUUGAACGGAGAAGGCUGUUCGCCGGACUUUGAGCAAGUAAGACACAGUGGCGAGCUGGUAGAAAGUCUUCUGAAUGGUGCGGCGGGUUGUUGCUCCGUGUCUCGACUUGAGUCUGAGCAGCUCCUUCCCAACGGCUUGCAACCCGAGGACGGGAGCCGCCUAAACGUACUGGACGAUGAAGCGGAGGAGAGGUUCUCUCCCUCGCCCGUGCCCUCCAAGGAAGACUCUGUGACAGAGGAGAAAGAGAUGGAGGAGAGCAAGCAGGAGAGCGCUGACGUGGCGGCGUCAGGCGGUAUUCGAACGAAACUGAACAGCCGUCUGCAGCCGGUCAGCGUCCCAUAUGGCGGGGCGCGACCCAAGCAGCCCGUCAGCCUCAAACUCCAAAUCCCGCAGCCUCUAGCGGGUCAGGUGCAGAAUCAGCUCAGUAGCAAGAACAAGAACCUGGACGGCCGCAGGGCGACGCCGCCCGAAACGACGCCCGGCGGGACCGAGGCGACUUUGGCGGUGAACGGCGUCGAGGUCCUCCCGAAUUCCCCUCUCGCGUUGUGCUCGCAGAGUCCGGACAACGACCUUCAGGCGGGACAUCAACACGGUUCCAUCGGCGGGAAGUCCCCAAGCUCGCUGGGCGAGGUGGCUCCCGUGUGGGUGCCCGACGCGCAGGCCCCCGCUUGCAUGAGGUGCGACGCCAAGUUCACUUUCACCAAGAGGAGGCACCACUGCAGGGCCUGUGGCAAGGUGUUCUGUGCCACGUGCUGCGGCCUGAGAUGCAAACUGGGAUACAUGGACGGGAAGGAGGCUCGCGUCUGCGUCACCUGUCAUUCGGGCCUAACCAGCGGUGAGCGCGGAACAUCGUUUGAAGCCGUUCCCAACGGGCUUAAUUUAUCCACAUCUCCGACGCUGUCGGAUUCUCAGGUCACGGUCGGCAACAAUCAGAGUCCCAACCCCAACAACCCGGCCGAAUACUGCUCCACCAUCCCCCCCCUGCAACAGGCCCAGGCCUCGGGCGUGCUCGGCUCGCCGCCGCCUACCGUCAUGGUGCCGGUGGGUGUCCUCAAGCCGCCUGGCAACGAGGGAUCUGUUACACGGGAGCAGAGAAGGGUGUGGUUUGCGGACGGCGUCCUACCAAAUGGCGACGAGGCAGAGUCCCCGAAAGCUCCUGUGCUCUCAACGAAUGCAAACAAAACCUCGGGAUCGGAUGGUGUCGAGGCGGUGCCCGCCCCUAUGGGUCCGCUGGGCAGUCCGCUGGGCAGUGCCCUCAGCUUGAUCCCCGAGGACGGACUCCCUCCCAUCCUCAUCUCCACCGGAGUCAAAGGAGGUACGGGAGGCCACAUCACAGACUAUGCAGUGGAGGAGCGUCCGUCGGCGAUGGUCCUCAUGCAGCAGCUGGAGGAGGGAGGCCCUGACCCUCUGGUCUUUGUUCUCAAUGCUAACCUGCUCGCCAUGGUCAAGCUUGUCAACUAUGUCAACAGGAAGUGCUGGUACAUGACAACAAAGGGUAUGCAUGCCGUAGGCCAGGCCGAGGUUGUGGUUCUGCUCCAGUGUCUACCUGACGAGAAGACCAUCCCAAAGGACAUCUUCAAACACUUUGUGCAGCUCUACCAGGAGGCCCUCGGCGGCAACGUGCUGGGCCACCUGAGCCACUCCUUCUUCACGCAGAGCUUCCUGGGCAGCAGGGAGCACGGCGGCUUCCUCUACGUAAACCCCACCUUCCAGUCCCUGCAGGACCUACUGCUGCCCAACCCGCCUUUCCUCUUCGGCGUACUCAUCCAGAAAUGGGAAACACCCUGGGCCAAGGUCUUCCCCAUCCGCCUCAUGCUGCGGCUGGGCGCCGAGUACCGAUUUUACCCGUGCCCGCUGUUCAGCGUGCGCUUCCGGAAGCCGCUCUUUGGCGAGACUGGUCACACCAUCAUGAAUCUGCUGGCUGACUUUCGCAACUACCAGUACUCGCUGCCGAUGGUCAAAGGCUUGGUGGUGGACAUGGCGGUGAAGAAGACAAGCAUCAAGAUCCCCAGCAACCGCUACAACGAGCUGAUGAAGGCCAUGAACAAGUCCAACGAGCACGUGCUGGCAAUGGGCGCGUGCUUCAACGAGCGUGCCGACUCGCACUUGGUGUGCGUGCAGAACGACGACGGCAACUACCAGACGCAGGCCAUCAGCAUCCAUCAUCAGCCGCGAAAAGUGACCGGCGCGUGUUUCUUCGUGUUCAGCGGAGCCCUGAAGGCUUCGUCGGGCUUCUUGGCCAAAACUAGCAUUGUAGAAGAUGGUGUAUUGAUCCAGAUCACGGCAGACACAAUGGACGCUCUACGGCAAGCACUGAAGGAUAUGAAGGACUUCACCAUCACAUGCGGUAAAGCAGAGCAAGAGGACAACCAGGACUUGGUGCAUGUCCAGUGGACAGAUGACGACCAUGACUUCAACAAGGGCGUUAUCAGUCCUAUCGACGGCAAGUCGAUGGAGUCCAUAGCCAGCGUGAAGAUUUUCCACGGCUCCGAGUUCAAGGCCAACGGCAAAGUGAUCCGCUGGACAGAGGUGUUUUUCCUCCAGAGCGACGAUCAGCCCAACGGCCUGAGCGACCCGGCCGACCACAGCCGCCUGACAGAAAACGUGGCGCGGGCCUUCUGCAUGGCGCUGUGCCCACACCUCAAGCUGCUCAAGGAGGACGGCAUGGCCAAGCUGGGCCUGCGCGUCACGCUCGACUCAGACCAGGUGGGUUACCUGGCAGGGAGCAACGGGCAGCCUCUUCCUCCUACGUACCUGAGCGACCUGGAUAGCGCGCUAAUUCCCGUCAUCCACGGCGGAGCCUGCCUGCUCAGCGAGGGCCCUGUGGUCAUGGAGCUGGUUUUCUACAUCCUGGAGAUCAUCUCCUAAAAACUCAAGGUGGCUUUUCCAAAUGUGAGUUGAGUCCGAUUUGACUGUCAGGUGGCGUCAUGUAGCUCCAAAGACUUAUGGCCAAGCACUUGGAUCUUGCUGACUACAGCAGAUGCACCAGAUGCCCUUUUUUAUUUUAUUUCCCCCCCCCCUCUUGCACCCGGUGCUCAGUGCCUGCUUUUUUGGGUUGAUUUCAUCGCAAAAGCUUUACCACUCAAUCACCACAUGCAUUGACUCUAUGUACAUUUUGUAUGUGUGUUGGCAGAAGAAGCAGCUUGUAGCCUCCAGAGAUUACACACACACACAUACAAAUACACAAACACACACACAAAACAAUCACAACAAUGCUGAUGAUUAGACUACAGUUUCCAAUGCUUUAUUACUCAUCAGCCGUUUGGAGGGAAAAAGCGAGACAAACACUGUUUCGAUGUUGUCUUAAUCACAAAGAUGUAAAAAAUAUAUACAUAUAUCUAUAUAUAUAUAUAUAAAAAAAUGAAAUAAAAUGCAGAAACAGUGCACUGGAUUCUAAGCCAUCUCUGGGAGUGUUUGUGAAGCUGUAAGACGAAGCUUGAAUGUGUUGUAUAGUUUAUGGAAAGUUCGUCUGCCCUGCGACAUGGACCUGGCUGAAACGCUGUGAGAAUGUAUCCCUUACCUUUUUAUGUUUCUGUACAGCUUCCAUCUUGAGAAGGACUUUAUUAAAGCCAAAUUGCCGUCAGAAUCUCCACUCGCCAAGACAAUCAGGUGCUUACUCAUGUCUGCUGUGUCGAUCCAACUCCGUAUGUCCACUCCAAUCAUCACGGAUUAGCAUGUAGCAUUUGAGCUAUCUGUUUCUUUGCAUGCACACAGUCUACAACCAUGAAGGGGAAAUAAAAGGUCAGCUUUGCAUUUGCAUAUUGUUUAAAAAUAUUUUUCUAUGAUCUGAAAUAUCCAUUCGAAAAAGGUCCAGAGCCCUGUAUAUCUCCUCUACCUUUCACAAUAUGAAAAUAUAAAUAUUAUAUUCUACAAAAAUGAGUAGUUUGUCAAAUAAAUGUAAAACUAUUUAAACAUGUAAUAUUUCUUUUUUAGCAUCCUUUUGGGAUAGAAAUGUUUUAUGUUGGAAAAAUCACUUAUUUUAUGGGACGUGGAAGGAAAGACUACAAAAUCAGUCAGUGGAUGGAUAAAGAACUGUUAGACCAGAAGCAUAUGGAUGGUAGUUUGUUCUGUUAAUUUGCGCUGGUCAGGUGAUUUGUUUUCACUCCAAAUCCAUUCAUGCAUAAAUUAAACCUGAGUUGUAUACUUACA